GGCUCCAUCUCCCUCCCUCAACGAACAAUGCUCAUGCAAAGAACUCUUCGCCUCUCUUCCAUCAUCUCACGCCUCGAAAAGCCAGCAACUACACUUCUCCCCCGAGUCAACACCUACCGCCUUCCGCUUCCCCAAUCCCAAACCAGAACCAUGUCUGAUCUCAAGACCUUCAACACCAAGAAUGCCGCCCAGCCCGUGGGGCCCUACUCCCAAGCCAUGAUCGCCGGGCCGCAUAUUUUCGUGUCCGGCCAAAUCCCCGCCGAUGCCUCCGGCAAGCUCGUCGAGGGCAGCAUUGCAGACAAGACGAAGGCGUCGUGCGAGAGCGUCAAGGCCAUUCUCGAGGCGGCUGGCUCGUCCAUUGAUCGGGUCAUCAAGACGACCGUCUUCCUCACUUCCAUGGGUGACUUCGCCGAGAUGAACGGGGUGUACGAAAAGUACUUUGCGCACAAGCCUUCGCGAUCCUGCGUUGCUGUCAAGGAACUCCCCAAGGGCGUGCCGGUGGAGAUUGAGUGCAUUGCACUGAGUGGGAGUGCAUGAGCGCAGCACGGACGACAUCAAAGUCUGCCAACGGAUGGACGGCGGUCAAAUGACUUGCUCUCGAAGGUAAAAUUUGGUGUGCUGAAAAGUUGAUAUACUUCAAACCAAGUUGCAUAGCUAAACACUUGCAAUAAACGCCAAAAAGCGCCGA